AUGGAUUUUGUAACGGGAUUGCCUCGAAGUCAAAAAGGAUUUGAUGCGAUUUGGGUGAUAGUUGACAGGCUUACCAAGUCCGCACAUUUUCUACCUGUGAGUAUGAGCUUUUCGUUGGAAAAAUUGGCCAAGUUGUACACAGAAGAGGUUAUGAGACUGCAUGGUAUUCCUAUAAGCAUUGUGUCUGACCGAGAUCCAAGGUCACACGUGAUGGAAGCGUUUGUGGGAAUUCUCGUAGAUACUUUGAAUUCCAUGAUCCAGAAGGAGCUUGGAUUGCUUCGUGGCUUUGCAACUGACAUGCAAAAGCUUUCAAGCUUGCUCUCCACCACCAAGGCAGUGCUUGAAGAUGCAGAGCAGAAGCAAUUCACAGACAAGGCGAUACAACUCUGGUUUCAGAAGCUCAAUGGUGUUGCCUGUGAAAUAGAUGACGUAUUGGAUGAUUACGCAGCUGAAGCCUCAAGAAUCAAGUACAAAAAUUCUGGUUGUUUUAGUUUGAUGUGUUACCCUGUAGCAGGAAACUUAGUGUUUCGUCACAGGAUUGGGACAAGAAUGAAGGAGAUCCUUGAAAAAUUUAAUGCAAUAGCUGAUGAGCGAAUAAAGCUUGGUUUGAGUGAUCAGAAGCGUGGGAGCUAUUUCAAUGCAAGCCGUGAGACUGGAUCCACGGUAAAUGAACCUGAAGUUCUUGGAAGGGACGAGGAAAAAGAGCAGAUCGUACGCAUCUUGACGAAAGAAAAAGAUAGAGUCGAUCAAAAUGUAUCAGUGCUCCCUAUAGUGGGUGUUGGAGGCCUUGGAAAGACAACACUUGCCCAAUUGGUCUUCAGUGACAAAUGCAUAACCGAGCAUUUUGAGCUAAAACUGUGGGUUUGGGUUUCAGAGGAUUUUGAUGUGAAGAGGAUAAUAAAAGUCUUAAUUGAGUCUGUAGAAAGGACUUCUAUUGGAGACUUAGCCUUGAAUAUUCUCCAAGGAAAGCUUCAAGAGUUGUUGAGAGGGAAAAGAUACUUGAUUGUACUGGAUGAUGUUUGGAAUGAGAAUCCAGAGGAAUGGGAGAAACUGAAAUCUGUUCUGGAAUGCGGAUCAAAAGGUAGUUCAAUUGUCACGACAACUCGCAUGGAGAAGGUUGCCACAAUAAUGGGCACAUUACAAACUCAUUAUCUGUCGAGUUUGUCAGAGAAUGAGUGUUGGUCACUAUUUAGGCAACGGGCAUUUGGCCAUCAAGAGGCUGAAGAAUAUCCUAACCUUGUAGUUAUCGGAAAAGAGAUUGUGAAAAAAUGUGGUGGUGUUCCGCUGGCUGCAAAGGCUCUUGGAGGCUUUCUACGAUUUAAAAGGGAAGAAAAUGAAUGGAACUCUGUGAAAUGCAGUGAAAUUUGGAACUUACCUCAAGAUACAACACAUAUCUUGCCCGCAUUGAGAUUGAGCUACCUUAAUCUUCCGGUAGAUUUGAGAGGUUGCUUUGCAUAUUGUGCAGUAUUUCGCAAGGGAUCUAAAAUUGAAAAAGAGGAGGUAAUACAUUUGUGGAUGGCAAAUGGAUUGAUUUCAUCUAAUGAAACGAUGGAAGUGGAAGAUGUUGGUGAUGCUGUGGUGACUGAACUACAUCAUAGAUCAUUGUUCCAAGCUGUGGACAAAGAUGAAUUUGGCCAUGUUCUCACUUUUAAGAUGCAUGACCUUGUCCAUGAUCUGGCUCAAUCAGUAAUGGAGGCGAAACACGGUGGAACAGAGUCAAAUAGACCCAUUAGGCAUGGUGGCUUUUCAUAUUACAAGCGCAGGCAUUGA